AUGCUAGUUUCAAAGGGAUUAAAUCAAUAUCAAAUUAUAUUAAUUAAAAAAUUUUCUGAUCUUAAAAUGUCUUUUAAUAAGAAUUAAGAAGAAAUAAAAGAACAAGUUAUCAAAAUUAUUACUCUUGGUCCUUCUGGAGCAGGAAAGGUAAUAUAAAUAAUUAUAUUUAGACCUCACUAUUAACUAGAUUAACUAGAGACAAUUUUAGUGAAAACUAUAUUGCUACAAUAGGAGUUGAUUUUGCAAUAAAGAGACUUUUCAUCAAUAAUUAACCAGUCAAAUUACAAAUUUGGGACACGGCUGGAUAAGAAAGAUUCAGAGCAGCUAUUUCUAAAUCAUAUUAUAAAGGUGCUCAUGGAAUUUUUUUAGCUUUUGAUAUUACAAAUGAAAUGUCGUUUUCUGAUAUUUAAAUUUGGUAUGAAAGUAAUUAUUAUAAUUAUUCAAAAUAGAAACAUUAGAUGAAAUAAAAAAUAUGAAUCAAGAUAUUUAAUUUCUUUUAAUAGGAUGUAAAUGUGAUUUAGAAUCUUAAAGAAAAAUUUCAUAUGAUGUUGCCUUUUCUUUUGCACUUAGUUUAGGAAUGCAUUAUAUAGAAACCUCAGCAAAAAUGAGUACUAAUUGUCUAGAAGCAGCUGAUUAUUUGGGAAAACUUUGUUUAACAAAAAUUAAUGAAAAAAAGAAUAAUGAUCCACCAGUUUUAGAAAUUAAGCAAGAAGCAAUUAAGAAGAGUUCUUGCUGCUGAUUUUUUAAAUCGAAACUUUAGUUUAUAAUAAAAUUCAUAUUUUUUUAAUUUAUUUUGCU